GUUUCUCAUCUGGUGCUGCUGAAAGGCUGCUCUCUCCUGCAAGUGAAGCAAAUCACAUGAACUCUGGCAAUCCUUGCUCCUCCCAUCGCAUCCUGCCACAUUGUGUGCAGCUGGGAGAGCUGAAAGGGGCACGCAGCCGCUGUGGGGGAGCAGAAUUUCCACAUUGGAGACAGAGCACGCCCCGCGGCGUGGCAGCGAUGAGAUAAACGCUACACGCGGCAGUCUGCCUGGGAUUCUGUGGCUCGCUCUUUGUUCCAGUUGAUGCUGGGGGCUGCUCGAGUAUUACACUAACGCAUCACCGACAUGAGUGAAAAGGAACAUCAAGCAGAUGUGGGUGAUUUAACAGAAAAUGAAGAAUACGAGGAUGAUUUUGAAAAAGACCCAGAAUGCCCAACUGAUGAAGAAGAAAAACAAAACCUUGGUGAAAAAGAGAAUCCUGGAAAAAAGGAAGAGAAUGUUGAAGCACAAAUUCCUAAAGCUGCAGACUUCCAGGAAGUCAAUGAGGAAGUGGAAGAAAAUCUAGAUCAGCUUUCAGAGGCAGAUGUGAAUGUGACAGUGAUAUACUCUAAUGAAAAAUACUUGGAAUCCAGGGCAGAUAUUGAACAGAAGGACCAUGAAUCUGAGAGAGAAAGCUCUAUCCAGAAAUCCAAGCUGGAAAAUGAGCAGGAAGUGGAUGAGGGAGAGGAUGAAGAACUAAAGCGUUAUGUCUUGGGAAAGAAUGAAGACCUGGAAAGUCAGGCCCCCGUGGAUCAAAACAGAGAACAGAAAUUAAAAUUUAGUGAUGAGAUGAUUCAAGCUCCUCCUCCAGAAGAUGCUGAAGUUGGUAAAACUGACCUUGCAAGAAGAGACGAUGUUUCAGCUGGGCUGUCUCAGCUGCAUAUUUCUGAUGACAGGGGACAGAAACCCACAUCACUUUCGGAAUGUGCUGGCCCAGAUGAGGAAAGGACGGAUGGUAAAAUUCUAGUAGAAAAAGAUAGAAGGUUUGAACUCUUAAGUUUAUGUGAUAUUGAAAGCCAGGGCAUUUUGCCCCCAAUAAGUGUUUCUUUUACAGAUAUUGAAACUCAACAGGCAUCUACAAAAUCUCCACCCCCCAGUUCUUUGCCUGCUGCCUCUCAAAUCAAAGAAACGCCUCCAUCUGCCUCUCAGCAUCAUCCAGAUUCUGCUUUGAAUGGUGCAAAAGAUCUGGGAAAACAGAAGACUGAGUCUGCAAGCAAACCCACGAAAAGCUCCACUUACAGUCUUACUCCCAGACAAAAAGAAUUAAGGAAGCAGAUAGAAAUAAGGAAGGAAAGACUGAGGAGAGAGGAAGAAGAAAGGAAAAUGGAACUAGAAGAAUUGAGGAGAAGAGAGAAUGAAUUAGUUUUUAAAGCUUGGUUACAGAAGAAGAAAGAACAGAUGCAAGAAGAAAAGCGACAUCGUCGUGCAAAGAAGUUGGAAGAGCUGAGAAUGAAAGAGGUGAACAGGGAUCCAGAGGAAGCCUACAGGUUAUGGCUUAAAAAAAAGCACCAAGAAUACGUGAAAGAAAAACGGAUAGAACUUUUGAGACGCCAGACUGAGGAAGUGUGCUUUUUUCCAACUGCAGAGGAAUGCGACAGAGCUUUUAGAGAAUGGCUGAGAAGGAAGAGAGAAGAGAAACGAGCAGCAGAACUCGCUGCUAAAGAGAGAGUCAGGCAGAUUAGAUUAGAAGCCAGAAGAACAAGAAAGAUGCGGAGCAUCCAAUAUAUUUAAUUCAGAACCAGAAUCCUUCUGCUUCAUAGAUCAUUGCAAUUGAAAAUUUGAUGUAGCCACAGAGUUCUUGGUGACAGUCUUCUUAAUUUUUAUGGCUUGAGUUUUUGUCCUUUACAGCUACUGACUUUUUGUGAUGUUUUUAAAAGCUUUCAAGCAAGUCUAACAAUUACCUUCAGUGACAAUGAUUUUACUAUCUAUUUAUUUGUAAUUUAGUUGAAAAGCCUGCUUUAAUGCAUAACUCAGGGAUCUUCUUGGUUUAACCAAAUCUAAAUGAGUGCAAGAUGUAUAUAUAAGGGUGGCAAAUACACAUUCCCUUCUUUAAAAGGCACUUUAGACUCAGCUCCAUCAUGGAUUCCUGGAUGCAGGCUAUUGGCUACUGUGUAAAAUGUUGAAUUCGUGGUGGAUUAAUAUUGCUGUUUGAUGCUGCUAGUGAUUAAGACUGUGCAAGGUGUGAUGUCGUUGGAAAAUGAUAUUUCUUGUACCACUUCCUAUUGAUCUGUUGACCAGCUCUAGACCAGAGGAGAGUGCUUUUUUAAGUGGUUAUUGAGGACUAAUGUGUAGGUGAUAGUGCAACAGGUUUUGAAACUUAUUUCUGUGAGUCAUAUUCAGUAGUUUUCUAUUCCAUGGAAUUAAAAGCUAGUGCAAAUUAUGACCUUUUCCAGUAGUAAGGAAGCUAGGUUCCUUUUAUAAAUGUCAAUGUUUAUUAUAAUAAAUCUACCAAACUAUAUUACCUUA